AUGGUCAACACUCGCAAAAACGAAGAUAUCCCAGAUUUUCUUAUCAACGAUCCAAAACCCUCAAAACAGAAAUCCAAACUUACGGUUUUAGUCAAGGACCCUUACAGCGCCACUGUGUCGAACGAAGGUACACUCCAGGAAAAGGAGUUGUCUCAGCUGCAGAAAGGUGUAAAAGAAGUGAAGGACAUCUUUGUGGGACCAACGAAGGAGAAAGAAAUUAAGCAAGAUGAGUCACAGUCGUCAUCAGGGUUGUUGGGAACUGUGCUGGGCUUUAUCACUGGUUCCAACGUUAAAGAAGAGGAAAAAUAA